UGUGUUUUCACAGAGGCUCUGUUGCACCUGGCCCAUGUGAGCUCCUCCUGGAAGUUAAGUGGUGGAGUCCUGAACACCUGCCAGGCAGCCUUGGCCUGGGGAUUUUGAAGUCAUCAUUAAUGGGCAAAGUGUUCGCGUUCCUGAGAGAAACUUGCCAGUUAAUCCUGGCUGAGUCUCAGCAGUACCCGGGGCAAUCCACCUCGAAGAAGGAAGAGAACAACAACAUGAAGAGGGAGAGAGAACAUUUCAAUGCCUGGGACAACCCUCAUGGCCUGGUUGGUUUACACAACAUCGGACAGACCUGUUGUCUUAACUCCCUAAUUCAGGUAUUCAUAAUGAACGUGGACUUCACCAAGAUAUUGAAAAGGAUAAAAGUGCCAAGGGAAGCAGGAGAACAGAGAAGAAGUGUUCCCUUCCAGCUUCUUUUGCUGCUGGAGAAGAUGCAAGACAGUCGGCAGAAAGCAGUGCGACCCAUGGAGUUUGCCUACUGCCUCCAGAAGUACAAUGUGCCACUGUUUGUCCAGCAUGAUGCUGCUCAGCUUUACCUUACAGUCUGGAACCUAAUUAAGGACCAAAUCACUGACAUGGACUUGGUAGAUAGGUUGCAGGCCUUGUACAUGAUCCGGAUGAAGGAGUCCUUGAUUUGUCUAGACUGUGCCAAGGAGAGUAGCAGAAACAGUAGCAUGCUUACUCUCCCUCUUUGUCUUUUUGAUAUGGACUCAAAGCCCCUGCAAACACUGGAGGAUGCCCUACGCUGUUUCUUCCAGCCCAGGGUGUUAUCCAGCAAGUGCUUCUGUGAGAACUGUGGGAAGAGGACACAUAGCAAACAGGACUUGAAGCUGACCCAUUUGCCCCAGACCUUGACCAUCCACCUCAUGCGAUUCUCCAUCAAGAAUUCACGGACAGAAAAGAUCUGCCACUCACUGUAUUUCCCCCAGAGCUUAGAUUUCAAUCAGGUUCUUUCAAAUGAGCAAGUCCUCGGUGAUGCCAAGGAACAGUCUGAAGGGCAGUUUGAACUCUUUGCUGUGAUUGCCCAUGUGGGGAUUGCUGACUUGGGUCAUUACUGUGCCUAUAUCCGGAAUUCUGUGGAUGGAAGAUGGUUUUGCUUCAACGACUCCCAUGUUUCUUGGGUGUCCUGGGAAGACAUCCAGUGUACCUAUGGAAAUCGUAAUUAUCGCUGGCAGGAAACAGCAUAUCUUCUGGUUUACAUGAAGACUGAGUCCUAAUGGAUAUUUAUUCUAUAUCUUCAGAGAUUGACAGACUAUCAUUUUCCUUUCCUAUUCUUGGAUCUAUUGACUCUUGUAUGAGAUUCUACAAUGAAAAAAAGCAUCACUUUCCAACUGUAUAGUUACAUGUUAUUUAUAAUCAGGUGGGGAUUAUGUUUUGGAUCUGGUUUGUCUUUCAAAGGUUCAUGUGCUGGAGACUUGGCCAAACAUGGCAGUGUUGAGGUGGUGGAAACUUUUUAAGGGGUGGGGCCUGGUGGGAGGUAAGUAAGUUCAUUGUUUUUCCCCUUCUUCAUUAUGAUGGUUCCCUUUCACUUCUCAACCAUGUUCUGAUUGCCAGCUUGUUGGCAUCAUGCUGAUAAGACCUUCCAGUCACCAGAAUGUGAGCCAAAUAAAUGUAUUUACAAAGUA